CUCAUUGUGGUGCACAAGCCAAUACAACGGAACAUCGAAUGCAGAAUAGAACGUUAAAUGUUCUCCAGCUUACUAUAUGUAUAUACACACACAGAGAGAGCACACAUAUUAAACCGACUCGCUUUUAGUGGGAAUGAAACAGAAAUUCCUAUUUUAUCGAUUAGUUAUGACUGAAGGCAUUUUUUGGUGUGUUAUGAAUGAAUGAAAAUUUGCUGUUAAAUUUUGUGUAACUUAUUAAGUUGUUUGUUAAAAUCCAAUAGAUUUUAUUAUUUGUUUACGACGGUCUCAUUGUUUUCUGCAUUUCUGUGUAAUUAAAUUGUUUAAAUGGAACGAAUUGAAGUGAAAAUCCAGUGGAAAAGCGUACAAUAAUCGAAAUUCGAUUGUUUUACAUGUUGCGAAAAGUACGGUGAAAAUUCUUCGUUUUUCUUCUCAAUCAAUAAACUGUGCUGUGCUUAUACCUUUCAAGUACAAAAAAAAAUUUAAUAUGAGCAAUCUGUAGAAUCGGUAAAGAAUGAAAAAUUUAGAUUAAUUGUGGAAAAUUUGCUAGCAUUUUUCAUAAUUAUUUUGUGGGGUUAAAAUUUAUUAUCCUGCUCAUAAGGAUGUAUUAAGAUCAGAGACGCGAGUCGGCGAAGUAUGUGAUGCAGUUAAUUAUAAAGUUUUAACUUCCUGAAUUUAAAUUGUUUUAAUGCAACAAAUAUUUUAAUUCGAGGAAAUGGAAGAGGAAUGUCAAAUAUUUCAAAUCGAAACGGAUGAAUUUAUGUCGGAUAGACUAGACAACAAACAUCAACACAAUUGCAGUCUCAAUGUUCAUACAGCGAACAACGAAGCUUUAUGUAAAUCCGAACAAGUCGAAUACGAAAAUGUUCAAGACGAAAGCAUUUAUGAAAAUAGCUUGUGUGAGAAUAGCGUUUACGAAGAAAACGUUGGCGCGGAAAAUGGUACCGAAGAAACCAUUUCAGAGGAAAAUGCUACGAAGGAAAAUAUUUUCGAUGAAAAUGUUUCGAAAGGAAAUGUAACCGAGGAAAAUGUUUGUGUCGAUAAUAUUUCCAGUAAAAAUGUUAUCGAGGAAAAUGCUGCAGAGGAAAAAUUCGUUGAAGACAGCGUUGAUGAGAUUAACGUUUAUGAAACCGUUGCUAUCAAUGCAGACAUUGAUUAUGAACAGGGUGGUAACGAAAAUUUUGUUAAAAACGAUGCAGCGGAUUCGAACGAACAAGUUGAAGAAAUUGAACAUGUUGAGGAAAUUGAACAUUUUGAGGAAAUUGAACAUGUUGAGGAAAUUGAACAUGUUGAGGAAAGUGAUCUAGAGACUGAAAGGUCAUCUAUAAACGACUCUGAUGCAACACCAUUACAAACCACACUGCCCAAGUCACGUCCUAUUUCGGUGAUAUCCUCUAGAUAUUCUAGUCUUCCAAGUUCAAGUCCAUCGAAAAUUGAGCUAACCACCACCAAUGAUAAUAAGUUUGGUUUAGAGAAAACAGUAUUAGGAAUAGAUAUUAAUGCCGUACAUAAUGCGGUGCUCAAAGGUGGCACACGAAUACCAGAAUCAAUUGUGAAUGAACACCCGGUGACUAUUUAUCCUGGAAAAUGUCGAAUGUCCGCAUCACCUACUCGAAAAGUGUCACCAAACAGCCUAACCAAUCAAAUUGAUCGGCCUCUGAAAAACGGCAUUAACGGAAAUGACAGUAUCCCGUUGGAAUCCAAAGACGACUCAUUGCAAUAUCAUAAUCUACCAUCAUCAGUAUUAGUAUACAAUAAACAAUGUCCUAUGUCGCUAGGAAAUGAUAUUUUACAAUCACCUACGAGUAGCGUCUUUACCGCAAGCAAUAAUAACGAGCUCAUGUACAUAAGUCAGCCGAAUUUAUCGAUGGACAAAAAUAGUGAUUUAGUCGACGGCUUGUCAUUGUACUCGUCAUCACCGCCGUCACUGUACUCGCCCCCGUUACCAGCCUCUCCCGUUACGCAUAGUGAACAAGAAUCGUUAACAAAUGAUGAAAAUUUGACUGAUUAUCAUACGACAACUGACGACGAAGAAAACCAUUUUGAAGAACACGAAAGAUUAAUAGUUAACAACGACAUAACCGAUUUCCAUACUCACCUGGGAUUAUUAACACGACCAUCCAGUUUACUUGACUCCUCAUCCAUUGGCACUUUACCAUUUUCGAUGGACAUGUGUACUAUAUCCGACGAUAAAGUUCCAUUGCUGCAUUCCAAAUACGACGAGAAUAUAAUUCCUUAUUCAAACAAUGCCAAUGGAGAUGCUUUUUUGAACAUUUAUGACGAUAAAGUGGCACAAUUUAAUUUAGCCGAAUUGAAUUUUGCACAUGACGAACCAAGUAAGAAUGGCCUAAAUAUUGGAUAUAAACCUAUGACCCGUACAUCGCUAUCGCCAAGAUUAUCAUCAACGGAAUACCUAAACGAAAGACUUCCAGAGAACCGAAACAAUAUUAUACCAACAUAUUCUAAAUUUGCAACACUAAACUUAGACCAUGACAACCCUAUCGACAUUGCCGACUCAGCUAAUAAUUUACCAUUACCACUACCACGUAUAUCAUCAUUGCCGACUAUUUCGCCAGUUGUUAACGGCGAUGGCUUAGCGUCCAGAAGAGAAUUGUCGACUCCGAUCGAGGAGGAUGAAGAACAGGAUAAUACUCAACAAGAUGCUCCGAUAUCUCAAAUCGAAAAUAAUAUAAGUGCCUUAUUAAGAGGUGAUCUUACUGUUGCAAGAGUUCGAGAAAUUGUACCACCACGAACUUCUAUGGGAUUUCGUCCAGGAACGCAUAAAUCAGAAAGCACUAAAGAAAUGCUGUUAUCACAGAAAUUAUUCGGACCGUUACCUCCGACUCCGCUUUCGUCAAGCCCAGAGGAAACCGAUGAAUUUUCGCCAUUACCUCCGUCGCCACAGCUAGAUCUCUCUUACGACAUGCUCAACAACGGUAUUCAUAAAGUAACUUCAAUGCACUCGGUAACAGAACCGCGAUUUAACGAUUCUAUUCGAAUUGAACGUCCACCUGCGGUUCCACCUCAUCGACCGCAGCCAGUUAACAAUGCGCUUAUAACAAGGUCCAUGGAUGCUGGAUUUGCCAAAUCUUACAGGGUAUCAGCUCCACAUAAUUAUAACAACUUACACACCGAUUCUCUUCAAAACAAUUACGGAUGCAAUGGAAGACGAAGAUUAAUAUCCGGCGCAUUUCCGAAACGAUCCAUUGAUACCAACGAAAGACGCUUGCAAACUUCGUGCAGUCUACCCGAAACCCCAAUUUUUGCUAGAUGUGAAACUAUCAGCACACCUCACAAAAGAGUACCUCAAGUAUCUAAUAUUAACAGCAUUCGUCCAGCUCAUAGGCAAAAAUCCUUACACAAUUCGUCGAUGGUUGAUGUUGGCGGUAAAUUUAACAGCAAUCGACACAGUGCUUGCCAGGAGUUAAACAGUGGAGAAAUGCUACGUUUGGCUGGUGGACCAGCACGAGGUUGGUAUCCGAAACAACGACACCCGAGAUUAUCAUCAACCGAAAACAUUGAACGGGAUAGUUUGCAAAGAUCGGUUCGAGCUUGGGACACUGUAACGUAUAAUAAGAAACCCCUAACGCUUCCGCCAAAUUUUACGCCAAAGUUUUUCAAUAAAUCUCCAAGAGAUACGUUCCGGCGUGUGACCAGCAUGUUAAUUCGAAAAAGCCACGGGGACAAAGAACCCAAGGGUGAUAAAUCAACAUUUUCAUCGUUUGUUGUUCAUUCGCCGCCGACGAACAAUGGUGGUGAAAGAUCUCAGGAGCGUCAGAAGAAGAAAUCUGGAUUCUUCAAGAAACUUUGGAAACGAUCCAAACACAAUUCAUGCGAUUAAUCAAUAUUUUAUAUAUGCAAGCAAAUUUUAUCCAUAAGGCACUAGUUAGAACCUCAGUUAUUAAUUAUGAUUUAAGGUCAUUCUUUUGCAGAUGGGUUUCCUAUCUUAAACAAUGGAAACCAUCAUUCGGACAAUAUAUUUAAGCGGAGAACACAUUUUACUUUCAAUAAGGAAUAUUAUUUAGGCUACCAGUAAGUUUGGAAUUAAUAAGCAUGGACUUCUGUGUUGAAGGAGUCAGAACGCAAUGAUUUUCACAAUCAGUUCGCUCUGCGUCACUUUGUUGAGACUAGUUGAUAACCGGAAUCGGAAUAUCUUCCUCCUUUUUUCAAGGUCUUAUCAUAGCACUUCAGUACUCCAACUGCAAUUAUUCAAACUAUGAGCACGCUAGAAAAAUUUCCUGUGAAAGGCUAGUACGUAACCGCUGAGCCAUCCCUGUGCGUAUCCAGUUAGUAAUUCUAAAUUAGAAUUUCUAAUGAAACAAUAAUAAGCAUUUUCGAUAUUGAAUUUAAAUCAUCCGCACAUAUAUCAUAGAUGGAGUGUUAGUCAAAGUAUUUCGACUUUAUUAUGAUAAUGAGUCAACUCUAUUAAAUGUGUAAAAUGUAGUCACCAGAAAAAACCAAGCAGAAUCGUUCUCAUCGGGGAUCGAACCCGAGAUCACUGGCGCCUGAGUUCAACGCUCUACCCAUUGAGCUAGCUGACUUGUUUCAACAGAUAGUCGAACUGUUUUCUUUGUAUGUGUUGAAACACUCAAUGCAUACAACCUCACGUGAUUACGGUGCGGUAAUAGCUUGCAUCACAAAAUCUUCAAAUGUAACACCUGGAAAAUGUUAACGCUUGGAUCAUUCAAGUGCUAUGGUCUUAUAUAUGAAAACCUUGACCAUUUUCAUUGUGCAAAAGUGUUACUCUUGUAUGUACGUUUUCAAUUGAAUUCCUUUCGGUUGUUUUGUUUUUCGUCGAAUUCAAUUUGUUAUAAUGUUUUGUAACGAUACCACUCCAUGGUUUUUCCAUAAGGGUUUUUCCCUUUGCGUCCAAAUUUUUGAUAAAAAAUAUACAAAAAAAAAAUCUGCUUUGGGGCCACAACAAUAUUUUUUAUUGAAGCGAACAAAAUUU